CUGCAUCCCCCUCUGCUCCCAGCCCUGGCAAAGGCAGCGGGCCAGCCUGCUUAGCAUGCGUCUGUCAUUGCUGGGAGCAGUCACUGCUGCUAAGCAGCCGAGCCCGGCAGCCGCGAGCAUCUCGGUCCAGCAUCCCCCCCAUCCUGGCUCGUCAUAUGAUUUCUCCUAAGGGACAACUGCUGAGCGGGACUGUGUCUCGAGCUGAUCCUUUGCUGAUAAGCCAGCUGCCAAGCCUCCACUGCUGAGACAAAAGAGUUUUUCUCUUCCCAGCAGGGUUUUUCUGCUGUGAAUGACAGAGAAAGGGGUAAAAGUGAGCUGCCUGGCACUCCUCGUGGGCUAGAGGCUUUGGAGGCUCCUUGUCCCCUGCUGUGCUGGCAGAUCAUGGAGCUUUUCAGGCUGAGCCUGGGCUGCAUUUGCCUCCUUCCUUGGCUUGAGGCAGAGGGACAAGGCUUCCUCAUAAGGAACACCCGGCUGGAAAAGUGCAUCCGCGCCUCCCAGGAGACCAACAGCAUCAGCCUGGCCAGCUGCAAGGAGCACUCCCAGCAGCAGAGGUGGGGCUGGGACCCCGAUACGGGCACCAUCGUCAGCCUGCACACGAGGCGCUGCCUGUCGGCCCACAGGAUGCGCCAGAACGCUCUGGUCAAGCUGGAGCCCUGUGGAGACUGGGAACGCCAGGCAUGGUCCUGCAGCAAGAAGGGACACUUGACUCUGCAGAGCCUGGGCUUCCACCUCGGCACCAAGGAGGGAGGCCACAAGGUCUAUGUCUCGAGGGAGAAGGACAAGUUCAGCAGGUGGAAGACGCUGGCAGAUGAAACUAUCUGUGCUGCUGCCCGGACAGCAGCUGAGAGGCCCAGCAAACCAACACAACAAGCUCUAGACACACGUGUGUGGAUCUAUGAAACUAAAACCAUCGAUUCAUCAAAGAUCGAUGCUGUGGAUAGAGAAUCUUCUGUGAGCUUGACUGACCCUCCUCUGGCUACCAAGUUCAACAGCACAGUGUCUCCUGCAAAGACCAAACAGGCACAGCUCCCAGCAAAUGAGGAUCCAUCCCACAACCACUCCAAGAAACAUGGAAAUCGGGGGAAAAACACUGGGGCCAGGCUUGCAGGCACGAACUGGAAGACAGCCAUGCUGGUCCUCAGUCCCUUGGCAUUCAUACUGGGAUUAAUAAUACUGACACUCAAUGUUCACUACAACAAGAAGAAGAAAAUCCUCUCUGCUCUGAAGAGCUCUCCAGCCAACAGCAGCAGAGUUGAUUUACGGGAGCCAACCCCCCUGCGAAGAGGCCCCCAGCCCUACCUUCCACCAUCCCGCUCCCCUUCCCUGAGGCGUGGAGAGAUCCUCAUCGAGUGGAAAGACGGGACAGUCACUCCUCUUUUUGACAACAUCAAUUACCAAGUGGACUAGCUCCAAAAUGAUAAGCUUUUGUUCCCUCCCGUGUCACUGUUCCCACUGGGAAGAUUGCCACCACAGCUAUCUCCUCCCUACCCUUGCUGUUUUGACAAGAAGCACAGUUUGGGUUUUUUUUUCUAAACACUUGAGUACAAUCUUCUUGCACAGGACAAGGUUGAAGCAAGCAGAGUAGAUUGUUUGGUUUGUAUAGGCACAUGCUGCUUAGCAAUUUCAGAACUGCUUUUACCCACAAGAAACCCCAGGUUUCCCUAAAUGAAGCUGGGACUAGUGCCAGCUGCAACUGCCCAUUGAAUCAAAAUUAAGAGUUGGCAUAUGAAAAAGUGAAUCUUUGAAGACAAGGCAAAAGGUAAAAAGCAAAAGUCCUGAUGAUCCUUAAUUUCUUUUCAAGAUAAAAGCAGCUGCCAAUAGACACAGAAGGCUAUCAGUUACAUUGUCAGUGUGAGAAUGUAAUUAAUAAGCACUGCCUUCUAUAAAAUCUCUUCCGGGUAUCUGCCAAAAUAUUCAUCCCCACUAAGUUGUCAAUUAAGUAAAACCAAGUAAUUUUUCUAACUUAAAAGGUAGCACUCCACUGUCCCCUCUGCAUCAUUGCAAGAGCCCUGCUGAGAGAGCAUGUGUCUCUCCAAACUUUUCCAUAUUUAGGAUAUACUAAACCUUAUUAUAACACACAUCCUCUUUUAUUAUAUAGACUGGCAAGAAAUGUCAGUCAUGCUUAUUGGGGAUAUUGCAUAUAGAGCCACUUUAUUCCAGCUUCAGUCUCUGAUUUCCUAUAAUCAUAUGGCAUAGUCAAUGAAUAGAUACACUGCUCCACCAGAGCAGUAAUACAGUUGUUUUUCUUUUAGAUAGGAGUAAGACAUUGUUUUCAGCCUUCACACUUCUUAUUUGAGCAAAAUUAGCUGAGACUAUCACACUCAAUCCUGAUCUUUUCUCAGUGAAAUCUGCAAUGUCUUAGUACUUUCUUAAUAUUCAUGAAUGUAUGCUUUCUUUCUCUCUGAUUCUGAGAUGAUGUAAUCAUGGCUGUAAGUCAAGAGUUAUGUGGAGAAAGAAACAAUAACACCAGGAAAUUACAAGUA